AUGACAGUCUCAAGCGACCAAUAUACCUUCCAGGACGCACUUCACUCUAUCAAGCACGGAGACGAAAGCCUAUCAGAUGCAACGGCUCGUCUGCUCUCCCAGCUCACACAAUCGGAACGGCUGUGGCUUCUUGACGGCGACGAAGCUUUCUGGCCCGGACUGGGACAGAUGAUGUUAGAUCGUUACAACCGUCACCCCUAUGUCCACGGUGCUGUUCCCCGUUUAUCUAUCCCGGGAGUCCGUUUCACAGAUGGACCACGAGGUGUAGUCCUGGAAGAGUCGACUACAUUUCCAAUAUCGAUGGCUAGAGGAGCGACAUGGGAUAUAUCCCUCGAGCGAAGAAUCGGCCAGGCAAUUGGACUAGAGGCAAAGGCUCAGGGCGCGAACUUCUUCGCCGGAGUCUGUGUCAACCUCCCUCGUCAUCCUGCCUGGGGUAGAAUUCAGGAAACAUAUAGCGAGGAUCCCUUGUUACUGGGAGACUUCGGACUAGCUCUCACACAAGGCGUGCAAGAGCAUGUUAUGGCAUGUGUUAAGCAUUAUGCGUUAAACUCGAUGGAGAACGCAAGGUUCCGAGUCGAUGUUAAGAUCGACGAGGAUGUGCUGCACGAGGUUUUCCUUGCCCAUUUUCGAAAGAUCAUUGAGGGUGGAGUCGCGUCCGUGAUGUCAUCCUACAACUCAGUGAAUGGCGAAUGGGCUGGACAGAACCAUGACCUUUUGACUGAUAUUCUUCGUGGGAAAUGGGGAUUCGACGGAUUCGUGAUGUCGGAUUUCAUGUUUGGUUUGCGAGACUCGGCGAAAUCCGUCAAGAAUGGCCUGGAUAUCGAAGCACCUUUCCGUCAGCAGAGAGCUAUGCACCUUGAGAAUGCUCUUGUUAAGGGCGAGCUAGAUUGGCCUCACGUGGAUCGAUCGUGUGAAAAAAUUUUGCGCAAGCAGCUCGAAUUCACGCUUCGUACCGCAGAAAGCCAGCCAGAUCGAUCCGUAGUUUUCUGCGAGGAACACAGAGCACUUUCACGCGAGGCAGCGGCCCGCUCAAUGGUCCUGUUGAAGAAUGAGAUUGUUGAGGGCCAACGUAUCCUCCCCUUGAAAGCGGAAUCUAUUACGAAGAUUGCCGUGGUCGGUCGUCUGGCAAAUAUUGCCAACACCGGUGACAAGGGAUCUUCGCAAACAUUCUCGCCUCACGUUAUUACUCCACUCGAAGGAGUACAAAAAGCCUUUCCAAAUGCGGAAGUUAUCCAUGCGGUUUCCUUAGAGGAAGCAAAGCAUGCCGCUGCUCAGGUUGAUGUCGUCAUCUGUGUGGUGGGAUUUGACCAUGAAGAUGAAGGCGAGUAUUGCAUUCCAGCUCUGCGAGAAAACCCCAGUCUCAGAGCAGUCUUCCCCCCAACCAAUGGCCCUGAAGAUGAGCGAAUAAAAGAGAUGUAUGAAAAGGAAGGAGAUGACCAGGGAACAGGAAUGACGACCGGUGUCGGUGGCGACCGUAAAUCUUUGCGGCUUCGCCCGUCUGAGGAAGAGCUCAUAAGGGAGGUGACGAAGAGUAACCCUCGCACUGUUGUGUCGGUUAUUGCCGCUGGAACGGUGAUGAUGGAAUCCUGGAGAAAACUCCCUUCGUCAAUAUUGCUUAGCUGGUAUAGUGGCUGUGAAGGUGGGCACGGACUUACAGAUGUUUUGUUGGGCAAGAUAGAUGCCAGUGGCCGAUUGCCGUUCGCCAUCCCAACGGACGAAGCACAUCUACCUUUCUUCGAUCGGGACGCAUCCGAGAUUCGCUAUGAUCGCUGGUUCGGACAACAUCUCCUGGACAAGCUUGAGGUCGCUCCUGCAUUCCCAUUUGGAUUCGGACUCUCCUACACCGAGUUCAGUAUCCAGAAUGUCACAUGUGAGAAGAAGGCAGACAGCGCGGAGGAGUUUGAAGUCCGAAUUCAAGUGAAAAACGUGGGGAGCGUACAGGGAAGAUUUGUUGCACAAGUAUACGGUCUUCCUAGCGUCCCAGAUCUCCCUACUCGCAUUUUGCUUGGCUUCGCACCCAAAGAUAUCAAUCCGGCUGAGCAGGUGAACAUAACAGUGACUGCUUCUUUGCGCCCUCUCCAGAAAUGGGUCGCCGGUGGAUUCGUUCUCCCUAAAGGGAAGGUGGAAAUCGAGGUCGGGCAGUUUUCUGGCGACAAACAGGGGAGAAAGACCGUCUUGACUUUGGAUUGA